CCCAAAUUCCCCGCGCCACAAAAUCCGUUGAUCAUUUCAUUGCCACGGUAUCCUCGGAAAUUUGUUACGAUUUAGGGUUUCAAACGAUACUGAAGCCAUGGCCAUACACAUACUAUGUUCUCGAAUCGCGCCAUCUCUGUCUCCUAUCUCCCCGCCUUCUUCGAAGCUCGUCUCAAUUUCACCUCCCAUGUCUUCUUCACUAUCUUGUACUGGAGUUUCUCAUUCAAAUACGUCGUCAAAGUUCAGUAGUAAUGGAAGUUCUAUAAAUAGGUCUCGAUUCGUUUCCAGAGCCACUAAUUCUGAGUUCAGUGCAAACGUUGGGGAUUCCCUAGGUGAUGUUACCAUCUUCACUUCUUCUGGUAAACCUGCCAUGUUCAAGGAUCUCUGGGACCAAAACGAGGGAGUGGCUGUUGUUGCUCUUUUGAGGCACUUUGGAUGCCCCUGCUGUUGGGAACUUGCUUCAGUGUUGAAAGAAGAAAAAGCAAGAUUUGAUACAUCAGGAGUGAAACUAAUUGCAGUUGGUAUUGGUACGCCUAAUAAAGCUCGUAUCCUUGCCGAACGGUUACCAUUUCCAAUGGAUUGCCUUUAUGCUGAUCCUGACCGCAAGGCAUACGAUGUGUUUGGCCUGUAUUAUGGCUUUGGUCGUACAUUUUUCAAUCCAGCCAGUGCUAAGGUGUUCACAAGAUUUGAAUCACUCCAAAAAGCUGUAAAACACUACACCAGUGAAGCCACCCCUGAUGAUAGAAGUAGUAUAUUGCAACAGGGAGGAAUGUUUGUCUUCAAAGGGAAGCAGUUGUUGUAUGCAUGGAAAGACGAAGGAACAGGAGACCACGCCCCUCUGGAUGAUGUCUUAGAAAUCUGCUGCAGAGUUCCAGCUGCAUGAAACUUGACGGUAUAUUGAGUGCUUAAAACUUUCUUUCAUUUCUCUGAAGUUUUGAUGCAUGAGAAGCUGUCUAUUUGUGUUCAUGAUUCUGCUGUCACUUAUAUUUAGAUAUUUUUAGCUAGUCAGAUGAUUGUAUCUUACUGUUCUGUAGAUUACUAGUAGAAACUUAAUUGUACGGACUAGCUGCGUAUAUUGCUUGAAGAUAUGAAGAUGAAAGAAAUCUAAAUGGGCCUAUUGCACCCCUAUGAUUCAA